AUGUCACUUUCCGGCAAGACGACUCUCAUCACAGGCGGCGGCAAGAAUCUUGGUGCGCUGAUUGCCACCCUCUUCGCCGCCGAAGGGUCGAAUCUGGCCUUGCACUACAACUCUGCCGCGACACAAAAGGCGGCCGAAGCUCUGGCCGCCGACCUCUCGUCCAAGCACAAAGACAUCAAGGUCAAGGUCUACCAAGGGGACCUUACAACGGCGACGAGUGUGGAGAAGCUAUUCAAUAGUGUUGCCGCAGACUUUGGCCCGAAGCUCGACGUCGUCAUCAACACGGUGGGUAUGGUCCUGAAGAAACCGCUGGUCGAAAUCUCCGAGAAGGAGUACGACACGAUGUUCGCCAUCAACUCUAAGGCGGCUUUCUUUAUCACCCAAGAAGCUGCCAAACGAGUUAGCGACGGCGGCAAGAUCAUCAAUACCGUGACUAGCCUCCUAGCAGCGUAUGCACCGUCCUACACUUCCUACCAAGGGAGUAAGAGUCCUGUUGAGUGGUUCACCAAGGGCUUGAGCAAGGAGUUGAUGUCGAGAGGGAUCAGUGUCAAUGCAGUUGCCCCGGGGCCUAUGGACACUCCAUUCUUCUACGGCCAGGAAACCCCGGAAGCAGUUGCCUUUCAUAAGUCAAACGCCAUUGGUGGUCGGCUCACAGACAUCACCGACAUCGCACCGAUAUAUAAAUUCUUGUGCACGGAGGGGGCUUGGAUCAAUGGCCAGACAAUCUUCGCCAAUGGAGGAUACACGAGUCGCUAG